AUAUUUCGUGGCCAGACGCUUGCGCCUUCUCCCAUCGCCAAAUGGUUUCUUUUCGCUCGUAAACCAGAUUUUGUGUAAUUAAUAAAAGUAACUAUAUAACAAAUAGUGAUCGAAAAUUGUGUAUUGCAAGGGCUCUUCAAGGAAACAACUGAAAUCUGUUUGACGAAAGGCUCAUUUAGAGCGAAGAAAGGACAAUUUUGUAACAGUUAACCCCUUCAUGGUUCAACAUGAAUGAUUAUUCAGCGGUCGCUCCGCCUCAAAAUUUCUCCCAGAGUUCGGCAUUUGCCGCUGCAUUACAGCGCGCCAAACAGAUUGCAGCCAAAAUCAAUCCUGGAGGCACACAAAAUAAUCAAGAUGGAAAAUUAAAACGUCCACUGGAAGACAGUGCAGAACCGGAGGCCAAAAAAAUGGCACCACUUGUAGCGGAUCCUUUAGCUGGUAUUCGUGGUGGUCCAGCAAUCGCUAUUCCAGAUCCAAGUAUUCAAAUUAGAUCCGCACAAUCUCCUCCACCUUCUGUUGGAUUGGGUGGUAUUUGCAACGAAGACAUUAGAGUUCCUGACAAAAUGGUUGGCUUGAUAAUUGGACGAGGUGGAGAACAAAUAACAAGGUUGCAAAGUGAAACAGGAUGUAAAAUACAAAUGGCGCCAGAAAGCGGUUUGCCAGAACGCAUUUGCACUCUAACAGGAUCGCGAGAUGCUGUCAAUCGAGCGAAGGAUCUUGUGCUGUCGAUUGUGAAUCAACGUAGUCGAACGGAAACCGGAACACCAGGAGAAUUAAAUGUCAGCAUUGGAGCACCAUCCGUUGGUGUACCAUUUGGAGAAGCUGGGGGUCAAUCGCAACCAGCACCAACAUCAACACCAAUGAUGGGUCAUCCUGGUUUCGUUGAAAUUAUGAUUCCUGGACCUAAAGUUGGUCUCAUCAUUGGAAAAGGAGGUGAAACAAUUAAACAUCUUCAGGAGAAAUCUGGCGCAAAAAUGGUCGUUAUUCAAGAAGGACCCAAUCAGGAGCAAGAGAAGCCUUUGAGAAUCACUGGUGAUCCACAAAAAGUUGAAUAUGCCAAAACUUUGGUGUAUGAAUUAAUAGCGGAAAAGGAAAUGCAAAUGUUUAACAGAGGCCCACGUGGUGGAGGUGGUGGUGACAGAGGUGGAAAUGGAGCCGGAGGACCUGGUAAUUUUAACAAUGAUAAUAGUGGAGGAAAUCCUGGAGCUGGUUUCAAUCAAGGACCGCCAAAUGGUGAAGGUGUUGAGAUUCUUGUUCCGCGAGCUGCCGUUGGUGUUGUUAUUGGAAAAGGCGGUGAUAUGAUAAAGAAAAUUCAAGCCGAAACUGGUGCACGUAUGCAAUUCCAACAGGGAAGAGAGGACGGUCCUGGUGAUAGGAAAUGUCUCUUGUCAGGAAAAGCUCCAAAUGUCGAACAAGCUCGGCAACGUAUUCAGGAGCUAAUUGACAGCGUAAUGAGACGAGAUGAUGGAAGAAAUCCAAUGGGCGGUGGAAGAAAUGGUCCACGUGGAAAUGGAUUUGGCGGCGGUGGACGACCAAAUGAAUACGGUGGUUGGGAUAGGCGUCAAGGCGGUGGUGGCGGUGGAGGUGGUGGUGGAGGCGGUCCAAUGCAAGAUAAGGUUGAAACAACCUUUACAGUACCAUCCACGAAAUGUGGAAUUAUAAUUGGCAAAGGUGGCGAAACAAUUAAACAGAUAAAUAUGCAAACGGGAGCUCAUUGUGAAAUGGAUCGACGAAAUCAAAACAAUGAAAUUGAAAAGAUUUUCUUUAUCCGCGGUAAUCCAGAACAAGUUGAGCAUGCCAAGAGAUUAUUUAGUGAAAAAUUGGGAAUGGCCCCGGGUGGACAGGCCGCACCAUACGGACAACCAGGACAAGGUGCACUUGGUUAUAAUCCAAGCUGGAACGCGAAUCCAGGAUAUCAAGCUUGGCCUAGUCAACCACAACCGACCGAUCCAUCUGGCAAUCCAAAUCAAGGGUCAAUUCAAGUGAAUCCACAAACUGGACAGCCAGAUUACAGUGCACAGUGGGCAGAAUAUUAUCGUUCAUUGGGAAUGCAUCGAGAAGCCGAGAUGAUUGAACAACAAGCCAAGCAAGGAAAACCUGAUCUCAAUUCACAAGCAGGAGGAGGCGCGAAUCCUUCGAAUCCAGCAGCAGCUGGAGGUGCGGGUCCAACACAACAGCAAACACAAGCACAGCCGCAAGCACAGCAAGCUGCUGCACAAAAUGGAGGACAAGCCGAUUAUAGUGCACAAUGGGCUGAAUAUUACAGAAGUAUCGGCAAAAUUAAAGAAGCUGAAGCAAUUGAAUCACAAAUGAAAGCUGGCAAGAUGGGUGCGCCUAAUAAUCAAAUGGUACAAUUACAAAUACAGCCGGCGAUGCAGGCACAACCAGCUGGACCACAAAGCGCAACACCGAAUGCAUUUCCACAAGCUUAUGGAAAUUAUCCAGGAAUGAAUGCCGGCGGUGCUCCCGCUUAUUAUGGUGGUGCUGCAAAUUCCGCAGGUCAACCCCAACCAGGACAACAAAAUCCGUCUUUCCCAACUGGAUAUCAAAAUUAUCCAUAUCCACAGCCAAACUCCGAUAACUGAGAAAAAGGCCAAUAAACAUAAUAAAACACUGAAAAGGGCCAAUAACAGAGUCAGAGAUCUUGUGACUGCGGAUGAAGCAAGGAAGAGCAGAUUCAGUGUGUAAAUACAAGCUGCCUCUUCAGUAUUACAUAAUUUCACACAAAAAAAAAAGAAAAAAAAAACGAAGCUCUGUUUCAAAACAAUUUUCAGCUCAAAGUCAAUCCAAUUCCUAAGACCGUUAGAUUUUAAGAAAAAAAAAAUGUCUCUGAAUUCAUUAUAAUAUAUAUAGUCAAUAAGCAAAAAAAAAACUAUCGGAUUGUGUGCAAAAAGAAUAUUGUUUUUUAUAUUUUGAACUUUAUUUUUUUUUUCUUUUUUAGAAAUAUUUUUUUUAAUGAAAUUGUCAAUAAUGAACAAUUUCAUUUUUUCGAUAGUAGCAAAGUGAAAAUAAAAAUAAUUUUGAAAUAUAUAUGUAUAGGAAUUUGUUUUUUUUUUUUAUUUGAUGAAUGCAUGCAAUCCACUAGUUUUGCAAUUUACAACAAAAAUGUAAGCGUUUUAAAAUAAUUUUCGUUAAUGAAGAUUUAUCAAUUUAUAAGCGCCAUUUUUUUCCAUGCUUUCGAAUGUAACAAGCCUAUUUGUAACAUUUCUUUUUUUAAUUACUUUAUCAUUGUAAUGAAUUUGUAUCUUCUUUUACUUAUUUACAAAGUCAGCCAUAAUUGUGGAGUUUUCUCCAAAAAAAAACAAAAAAAAAAAAAAAAAGGAUGAAUUUAUAAUAAAUAUUUAAUUCUCGACGGUAAUCAAUUCGUUCCUUAAGGUGAUAUUUAAUUUAAGAUACCUUUUACAAAUAUAUUAUAUAUCAUAAAAAAUAUUUCAAAAAAUUUUUGAGGGAAAAAAAAACAAAAACACGCGCGAAAAAUUAUGACACAUGUGUCGAGUGUUUAAAAAUAAUUUUAUAUAAUCUUUUUCGAAGAUUACAAAGACAACUUCUAUAUACCCAAAUUCUUCCCUUUUAUUUACUAUAUAAUAUAGUAUAUUUUUUUUUUGGUUUUGACAUUGUACAAUGUGCAGCAUUUGCUUCGAUGAAUAAUACUCAGUUUGAGAUCAUAAAUACAUUAUUACGAAGGUUAAAAUUUAUGCGUACUCUUUGAUUAAUGUUUCAACUAAAAUCAAUUCCUAUGCGUUUUAAUAUUUAAAUAUAUAAUUAAUAUGCAUACA